AUGGAUCGAAAGGAAGUUGUUGGAGCGGUCGUCCGGGUGGCCCUAGCCACGGCAACUUCGUGGCUGCUGGUUCGCUACCUUGUAAAGUAUUUGGAUCCUAAUCACACGGUUAAUGAAGAGAGCAAAAAAAAAGUGGCAAAAUUGUUCAAAGAGCUUGGAAUCGAUAGAGAAGUCGAGCUAUCGGAGCACGAAAUGCGCAUAGCCACGCAGUUUGUCGGCGGUGAAAAUGUCGGAGCCGAAUGGGAAGAAAUCGGUUAGAAUAUUGGGAGGGUUACGAGAAUUCUGAACAUUUCUAUUCAGGCGGUUGCGAAGAACUUGUCGCCGAGCUGAAGGACCGCAUCAUUCUGCCGUUGCGCUUCGCGGCUCAGGGCGGAAGCCAUCUUCUGUCGCCGCCACGUGGAAUUCUUCUGUACGGUCCGCCCGGAUGCGGAAAGACUCUGCUUGCGAAAGCUGUCGCCAGAGCAGCUGGAUGCAGGUAGAAAUAGCAUACAAACUUCUGCAGCAUCCUGAAAUGAACAAUUUAGAUUUAUAAAUCUCCAAGUGUCAAAUCUGACGGAUAAGUGGUACGGAGAAUCGCAGAAACUGGCAGCCGCUGUCUUUUCCGUGGCUCAAAAGUUCCAGCCGACGAUAAUUUUCAUCGACGAAAUCGAUUCGUUCCUCCGUGAUCGCCAAUCCCACGAUCACGAGUCGACGGCGAUGAUGAAGGCGCAAUUUAUGACGUUGUGGGACGGAUUUGCCAGUUCCGGAGAUCAGAUCAUUGUGAUGGGCGCCACGAAUAGACCGCGAGACGUCGACGCGGCGAUCCUUCGGCGAAUGACCGCACGCUUCAAGGUUCCGGUGCCGAACUCGAAGCAACGCAAUCAGAUUCUGAGUGUGAUUCUCAAGAAUGAACGACUCGAUGGGCGCGUGGAUUUAGAGAAAAUUGCGCUCACCGCGGAAGGACUUUCGGGCAGUGAUUUAAAGGAGGUUAGGGAAAAAGUUCUACGAGAAAAAAGAAGAAAGAAAAAUUUCAGGUGUGCCGAUUGGCUGUUCUCGCUCGAGCGAAGGCCACCGUGGCUUCUGGAGGAGACGUCACCGAUCUGGACCCUCUGGAGCACAUGGAUUUCGAGUCGGCCGUGCACAAAUACAUGCGAUCUCUUAAUCUGCUUGUUGAGGAAACUCUCGACUGA